AUGUCUUCUUUGGUCAAAAGCAAGCUCUUGUCUAUAGCCACCACUGGUUUAUUUGUUAAUUUUGAUCCGCAAGAACUGGAAAAGUACUAUGUGGAGGUUGGUGACUUUUUAGACUUAAGCGCUUCCUCUUUGGAACCGGAAGAAUUGUUCAAGUUGUAUGAAAUGCAGUUCUAUUUGGCUUUGAUGACGAGUCACGAUGUAGAUGCCAAGACGUUUUUGGAUCGCAUUAUUGAUCAAUUUGGUGACAAAAAUUCACAAAGAGUAGUGCUAUUAAAGGCAAUGUUUGUCGAGGCUCAAGGUGAUAAAAAGGGAGCAGCCGAGCUAUUAGGACUGGAUCCUGAUCAAGUGAGGCUCUCGCGUCGUCUUGUGACGUUUAGCCGUACGUCGAACGACAACGAAUCGUAUAUCACCAACUUGAAUUACUACUUGAACAUUCAGCCUUCAGAUUUAGUAGCUUGGGCAGAAUGGGGUGACGAAUAUUUCAAGAUUCACCACUAUGAUAAAGCUAUUCAUUGCUACAAGGAGAUUCUACUCCAUGAGCCAUAUGCCUAUAACAUGUUUUACAAGGUGGGUCUAGCCUACUACUACAGAUUCAUCCAGGAGUCCAAAGUUAAAAUGGACAAAAAAGACCGCAUUCUAGAAGUGUGGGAGGUCAUCCGAGAAGCUCGCAAUAACUUUUUGCGUUGCAUCGAAUUGUGUGAUACUCAUUCAAAGGCAUGGUCAGGAAUAGAACGGAUCACCGAAUCGGAUUUGAACAAAUUCUUGGACAAGCAUUCCACAAAUCAAACAAAAGAGUAUCUUGAAGAGAACGCAAAAUUGCAUCGUUUGGCAAUCGCAAAACUACAAAAGUGA